UUCGUGAGAGCUGCCAGAACGCUCGACAUCACAACUUCGAGCUUUAAGGUACAAGAUUGCGGCUGAAAAUAUGGCUUUGCUCGUCGAUAAGCUGCGGCCACGGUCGCUAGAUACACUCUCGUACCACAAUGAGCUCUCCGCACGAUUAAGGUCUUUGGCCCAAAGCGGCGAUUUCCCACAUCUUCUCAUGUAUGGGCCAUCCGGUGCAGGCAAGAAAACUCGCACAAUUGCCACCCUCAAAGAACUCUACGGCUCCGGUGUCGAGAGAAUCAAGAUCGACAACCGAGUCUUCCAAACAACCAGCAACCGAAAGCUUGAGUUUAACAUUGUCUCCUCCGUAAACCACCUCGAAAUCACGCCGUCAGAUGUAGGCAACUACGACCGUGUCGUCGUCCAGGAACUUCUCAAAGAAAUCGCCCAAACGCAACAAGUCGAUCUCACAGCGAAACAUCGAUUCAAGGUUGUGGUUAUCAACGAGGCGGACCAUUUGACUCGCGAUGCGCAAGCUGCACUCAGACGGACUAUGGAGAAAUACAGCCCUAAUCUGAGAUUGAUCCUCUUAGCGAACAGCACGUCGAACAUCAUCGCUCCUAUCCGUUCGCGAACUCUGCUGGUUAGGGUUGCGGCACCGAGCGAGGAGGAUAUUUGUGCUGUUUUGGGCAAUGCUGCGAAGAAGGAGGGGUGGAACGUGGCUCCAGGACUGAAUAAACGCAUUGCAAGCGAGAGCGGCCGGAAUCUUCGGCGCGCUCUGCUCAUGUUUGAGGCUAUCUAUGCUCAGAGUGAGAAAGUAACCGACAGUACAGCGAUCCCACCACCGGACUGGGAAGCCCUUAUCUCGUUGGUAGCGGAGGAAAUUCUCGCAGAGAGAUCACCGGCCCGGCUACUACAAGUCCGUGCCAGGUUAUAUGACCUUCUAACCCACUGUAUCCCUCCUACGACGAUUCUCAAGACUUUGACGUUCAAAUUAAUUGCCAAAGUCGACGAUACGCUAAAACCCGAAGUAAUUAAGUGGUCUGCAUUCUACGAGCAUAGAAUCACACAGGGCUCUAAAGUAAUUUUCCACCUCGAGGCCUUUGUUGCCAAGUUUAUGCGUAUCUAUGAAAGUUAUUUGAUGGGCAUGGACUUUUAGAUACUAAACACAUGAACUGGCAACUAUUAAUGAUUUACUAAUGAUUUUUACAUUCUGCUAACCUGCCAUUCCGGAAGCGUACUAUCUGUUCGCAUAGUCCCAUCAGAACGAAUCCUUUUUGCAAGUGCAACACACGAACGAAACAAAGACAAAAACUGACCUGCCCCAGAAUUUGGAUCGAGCCCAUGCACAAACGAAACCCAAG